AUGGCCGAACAUAUCCUAGGUGUUCUCUUCGUCACCGUCUCUUCACGAGGUACAAACGUCUGGCGAUACCCACCUGACCCAUCUUCACCUCUCGAAAGACUUCGUCAACCUAUUUACCCCACCGAGACGUAUACCGCUACGGACGCCAUCACAGCUCCUAAACGUCGUCUUGCUCUCCCUGGUCUGUCUUCUAGAACGGGAGCUACGAGAUCUUCCAAAGGUUCAGCAUCUAUCACUCAUUCCGCUUCGAAAUCUCACCCUCAACCGUCUACCUCAAGAAAGAAAGGAUCCAGAUAUUAUGUGGAUCCGAGAGGUCAUACGGCUGGAAGUAGCAAUGGAUCUGUCACACGACAAGGAAGAGAAUAUACUUCUGCCAGUGAGGAGGGAAGUAGUAGUGAUGGUUCAACUUCUAGCUCAACCGAUAGAGAAAUGAACCUUCCUUGGUCUACUCAAAGAAGAAGCAAUGCUGGUUCUUCGUUGAAUAACGGUCAUGAAAUCACUGGACGUAGAGAAUCAGUAGAGAAAACAAAUGGGAGAGAUAGAAGAGAAUCUGUGGAAAAGGAGAAGGAGAAAGUAAGAGAAAAGGAAAAGGAUAAAGAUCAUAUAGAGGUUUAUGUGGAAGAACAAUGGUCAAGCGCAAUGGGUUAUUCAUUAGAGUUUUUAGGUGAUUUACUCGCUCCUCCAAGAUCAGCUUGUCAUAGGAAAUUCGAAAUUUGUAUCGAUGAGGUUGUCCUCAUUGGACAUCCUGUUUGUCCGGGAAAGGACGGAAGAUGGGCAUAUCCGGAAGAAGAGGAAGAACCGGAAAGGGGUAGAAGAGGUAGAGGUGGUGGGACAGGUUUGGGAACUAGCGGGACGCUGGAAAACAGGCAGAAGACAUAUGCUAAGGAUCAAAACAAGCAGGGGACUUAUGGAGAUGACAAGGAUGGAAAGAAGGCAGGUGAUGGAGAAGGAAAAGACGACACUGAAGAGACGAUCCCUCAAUUACACAUGUUUAACCUCGUCCUAAUUCUCGACAAACCUGAUCCCAAAUCAGGUCAAUACUACGAAGAUGGAGUCGCUUCGUCUAUCAUAUUUGAGGAGGUCUAUCGGGAGGUGAUUAGGAAAUGGACAGGAGCUGCUUUUGCUCUACAAGUGAGAGAGAAUUGGGUUGCUAAAGAAACUUAUGAGAUGAGUAAAAUGAGGGAUAGAUUAGUCAUGGAGAAUCAAAGUAUUCACGAAGCCAUUCGAAUAUUUCAAGAAAAUUUCUCUCUAAAUCGUGCUUUGAAUUCUCUUUUCUACGAACUUCAUCAACUUCGUCAUAAACCUACUACCCCUCUGUACUCUUAUUUCCCAAAUAUCAUCCGUGUCCAUGUCGCUGAUAUUCCUUUGAGUAUGAUUAUAUCUCCUCGUCUUGAUGAUCAAGAGGAAACCGAUCAAUCGUAUUCUUAUCCUCGAUCAGAUCUCAAAAACUCCGAUGUGGAUAGUGAGGAAUUUGAGGAUGAUGAUGAGGAAGAAGAAGAUACUUGGGAAGAUGCAUGGGGAGAGACACAUGUGAAAAGAAGAAGGAAAGUUAGGGUCGAACCAUGGCAAACUUUGUUGUUAUUGGAUGAUGAUGUUAAGAGGUCAGAUAAGAUACUAGGAGAGUUGAUUGGUGGAAUACAGGAAAGAGAUGUAGGGGGAAGAGAAUCUUUGGGUACGGAAUGGAGUUGGAUGAGCGAUUUAGGUGAAGCUCAAUUGAUGAAAGCUUUUAUCGAUGCUUGUGAUGUUACUAAACCCCUUGCUGAUAUAGCCCAUAUACUCCGAUGCGACCUCGACGCCAUCGUAGUACCCUUAGCUAGAGAGUUGGUACAGAACAAAAAAGCCGUUUUGAUAGAUGUUGUGAAUAUACAUCUUAGAAGUAUUGUGAUUCCAACUUCUAUUCAAGAACAUCUCCUCUCUAUAUCAGAUUACACAACUCAGUUCUCACGUCUCUUCCCUACUCUACCUUCUCUCCCUUAUCUCCUCUCUCUCUUAUCCUCCUCACCUGGUCCCUUCCGCGAUAUCAUCCCCAUGACCCGUCCCGCCCGUCCGGAAUACCUUCGUGCUCUUGUUUGGCUAUUGGCACAUGAUUUGGUAGUUCAGCUUCAUACGCGUGCGAGAAUAGUAGCUACCCCUGAAGUGAAAUUGGAAGCUUGGAAAAGGUUGUGGUAUCGUCGGCGAGCUCGAUGGGUGGAGCGAAUUCGGUUAACGCAAUUGAGAGAGUCACGACGGGUUUCUGAGACACCUCAUCCGGUUGAUAAAACCACGGCUCAGGCAGCCGACGAGUCAAAUCUCAUGAUUGAACCAUCUCAACCUUCGCUCGAAACUUCUCACAUGACAAGCCCAAUGACAAGAUUAUCUCAACUUCAACAACCACCACCGGACUUACCAGAUACGUUCGACCCGGAAUUAGAGAUAGAUUCCGAUGCAGCGGAAGACACUGGCGUGGGGAUAGGAAUGGAAAUGAAGAUGAUAUUCAAUAUAGAUCAAAAUGAUCCUGAUCCAAAAGAUUUCCCAAAUUUCCAACCUACUUUUAUAUUCAGACCAGCUCGUGCUCAAAAAGAAGAAGCUAGAUGGUUGAGGGUUAUAAGGGAAAAAGCAGAUGAAUUGUUGGCUAGUAAAUUUGAUUUGUAA